AUCAGCACAGCGGCCGGGUCAAGAAGCUGUCAGGAUGGAGAUCCGACCAGACAGAUUUAAGGCGUCUGCAGCCAAAACUCUUGGCAAAAUUAACAGGCUGAUCGAAAAGCGACAGCCCAAUGGAGAAACCAUCGAGUUAUCAGCAGAGGGCCGUCCUGAGCUUGUGGAGGAGAAGGAGCUGCCAGUCGUGGACUGUACCUGCUUCGGCCUGCCGAGGCGGUACAUCAUCGCCAUCCUGUCUGGCCUCGGCUUCUGCAUCUCUUUUGGCAUCAGAUGCAACCUGGGCGUGGCCAUUGUGAGCAUGGUCAACGACCACACGGUCUACAAAGGCAACAAGGAGGUGCUGGUGGCAGCACAGUUCACCUGGGACCCUGAGACGGUGGGGAUGAUCCACGGCUCCUUCUUCUGGGGUUACAUCGUCACACAGAUCCCUGGUGGAUUUAUAUGUCAAAAAUUUGCAGCCAACAGAGUGUUUGGCUUUGCCAUAGUGGCCACAUCCACCCUCAACAUGCUGAUUCCAUCUGCUGCUCGCUGCCAUUACAGCUGCGUCAUUCUGGUCAGGAUAUGCCAGGGCCUUGUUGAGGGUGUAUCGUACCCGGCCUGCCACGGGAUCUGGGCCAAAUGGGCUCCACCUCUGGAGAGAAGUCGAUUAGCCACAACAGCCUUUUGUGGAUCCUAUGCGGGGGCAGUGGUGGCCAUGCCUCUAGCUGGAAUUCUGGUGCAAUACAGCGGGUGGCCUUCAGUAUUUUAUGUCUAUGGCAGUUUUGGGAUAUUCUGGUACUUGUUUUGGAUCCUGGUGUCUUAUGAGAGCCCUGCAGCCCAUCCCACAAUCACACCAGAGGAGAGGAAGUACAUUGAGGAUGCUAUUGGAGAGUCUGCGGCAUUUCUUAACCCUCUCCAGAAAUUUAAAACUCCAUGGAGACACUUCUUCACCUCCAUGCCGGUCUACGCCAUCAUUGUGGCCAACUUCUGCAGGAGCUGGACCUUCUACCUGCUCCUCAUCAGCCAGCCAGCGUACUUCGAGGAAGUCUUUGGAUUUGAGAUCAGCAAGGUGGGGAUCGUGUCGGCUCUGCCUCACCUGGUGAUGACGAUCAUCGUGCCUAUCGGAGGUCAGCUGGCCGACUACCUGAGGACUCACAACCUGAUGACCACCACCAACGUCAGGAAGCUCAUGAACUGUGGAGGUUUUGGGAUGGAGGCCACGCUCCUGCUGGUGGUGGGAUACUCUCACUCUAAAGGGAUGGCCAUUUCCUUCCUAGUCCUCGCCGUGGGUUUCAGUGGGUUUGCUAUCUCAGGGUUUAACGUCAAUCACUUGGAUAUCGCCCCUCGAUACGCCAGCAUCCUGAUGGGAAUCUCAAACGGAGUGGGAACUUUAUCUGGAAUGGUUUGUCCGCUCAUCGUGGGAGCUAUGACCAAACACAAGACACGUGAGGAGUGGCAGGGCGUCUUCCUGAUAGCGUCUCUGGUUCAUUAUGGAGGAGUGAUUUUCUACGGCCUCUUUGCAUCAGGAGAGAAGCAGGCGUGGGCCGACAUAGAGGACACCAGCGAAGAGAAGUGCGGCAUCAUCGGUGAGGAUGAACUGGCUAAUGAGACGGAGGAGAUGUACCGUGGAGGCGGGCAGUACGGAGCCAUGAGCCAACCAGUAGUUGGAUCAAACGGCGGCGGAGGCGGGGCCGGCGCCGGGUGGGUGUCGGACUGGGAUAAAUCUGAGGAGUAUGUUCAGCCUCCUGGACACAACUCAUACAUGUACGGAGGAGAAGAGGAGAGGGAGCUGACAUAGAAGGUCGACGUGGUGCGAGUUUAUAAAAACCAGAGAAGAAGAAGAAGAUUGUUUGAGGAGAGAGAGCUUCUGCUGAACUGAACAGAUCUGCUGAGUGCUUCUGUACUAAUCUGACAGCUGCACCAAUCAAACGUCUGGAUGGGGUUCAUUCCACUCUGUGUGUGAUUGUGUGUGUGGUGUGUGUGUGUGUGUAGGUCUGUGCAUGUGUGUGUAAGCGUACCUAAUGAACACAAACAGUUUCAUCACAAAACAGAAUCAAACCCCAGACUUCCUUCCUGCUCUUGAGCCGUUUCCACAUCAUCACUGAGGAGACUGUGUGAGUGUUUUCCUGCUUUAACAGCAGAGUUCCAGCCUCUGGCGUUAUGUAGUAUUUAAACUUUUAUGUUUUUAGCCACAGCAGCUUUCUAGAUUAAAAUUAGGAACUACAGAGAUUGUAUGAUGUGAUAGAAUAAGGUAACACUUUACAAUAAGGUACACUCAAAUCGGCAUGGUUAGAAGGUCACAACUGUGCCGUAUACUGCUAGUUAAUCAGGGGAUGUCAGUUACUCUUUCUUUCUCCCUACUGAACCAUUGUUUAGUUACCCAUGCUCUAGUGAUACCUGCAAACUCUUCAUUUAUGUCCCACAUUUAUCAAGUGAUCCGCCCUGCGCAGGGUAGAUGGUCUGCGAUACAGACCACUAUUUAGUGAAGUUUCCAGGCGAUUCAUUUCAAACUCAGUUAGCCACCAAUCAUGAGUGUUUAGUCGACUGGUCUGAAGUUAAGAAAGCAUGAAACACUCAAAAUUGACCUCUAAUAUUUAAAACAGUUUGAUUUAUAGAAUGUGGCUAAUGUUAGCCAUGCUAGCACCACCAGACUUCAGUCUUCUUUGCAUGUGACCGUCCACAGUCCUGUGCUGAAUGUCGCCACUAAACCCUUCAGUUAUAUGUGAGUGAUACAGCCUGCUGUGACUUUAUCCCCAUUUUUAGAUCAAAAUAGGGCUGAACCGCACUGUUCCUGUGAGAUGCUACCAAUGCUUUCACUUCUGCCUUGUUUACUUCGGGUUAAAGAGCUUUGUGGCAGCAGCCAUUAACUGCAGGGGUGUCAAACUCAAUCACAGAAGGGGCCAGAUUCUGAAUUAGGGCCUCACAGGGUCCAUAUUUGGCCAAACUGUCAACCUCAUUUUUCGCCAGUAAUAAAUUAUGGGGGGAAAAGUGAGUAAUAAUGAUAAAUUAUUUUGAGAUUUAAAAAGUCAAAAUGGUAAGUUAAGGCUCAAAACCUGAGAAACACAAAAUUAGAUGUUAAAAUUUUUGUUUUAAAGGCAAAUAUAUAAAAAAGAGAGUCACAAUCAGUGACAGUGAAGUUUUUUAAGGCAAAAAUAUGGCUUUAAAUUGAAAAUCAUGCACCUGAAAGGUCAAAAUAUGA